AUGGACAUCCACAAGGAGGAGGCAAAGGGAGGGGAAUCUGUUGCCAAUCAGGCCAAGAUGGAAACAGAUCAAACGGAGGCCAAGACAGAGGCGGCGACGGUUUCACCCUUUACCGCGACUGAAGCCGAAUCUGCAGCUGCCGGGCGCUACGUGGGUGAGGUGAUCCACGAUAGCGACAUGAAAGCGCGAAUUCCCGGCCUGUUCACCCUCCUUCGAUGUGGCUGCUGCGAGCUCUGUGCCCUCCGUUUCCUCGGGCAACGCGUCUUCUCCCUCUAUCGCGAGCCCCUUCCCGUGCUCCGCUGCAUCAUGGAGUCGCUGUGGGCAACUCUCCCCGAGACCGAGCGCAGGUCCGAUGGCAGCGACUGGCGCGCCCGCUCACAAGCCACCGAGGCGGCUGCGUGCGUGGCUUGCCUGGGCACGUUGCAGAACGUGCAGUCGGACAAGUUCAUGGGACCGCUGCUGGCGGCUCUGACGGGAGGCACCGGCAAGUACGAGUUCUCGGACUACUCGCUCACCAUCACCAUGCCGGCCUCCACCGUCACCCGCCAAUACGCCCUCCACUACCACCUCCUCGCCACGCACAAAUUUACGGAAGAGUUUGAAGACAAGUCUACCAUCGUUGACAUCAAGGAAGCCAUGAAGUGGAUUCUGGGCCACGAGCUCCGCCGUCGCAUCGGUCUCAACUUCUCCCGCGAGUACAUCUCGCCGCACUUCAUCACGCUCGACCUGACCACGCAGGCCGGCACCUACGUGAAGGAGUUCGUGCACGGCGACCUGGGCCGCACGACCCCCAACCUGGGCCUGCUGCUGGGCUGCGAGACCGACAUCCUCCAGCUCGACGUGCUCGCCAUCGAGCUCGACUUCCCGCCCCGGCUCCCCGGCCAGCCGCCCAUCGAAGACGUCUUCGCCAGCACCGCCGAAAAGGAGAAGCAGCCCGCCGACGAGACGGUGACGACAGAGGAAGGAGAGCAGCAGAAGAGGAAGGAAGCAGACAAGCCCAAGGAGGCGUCCGUGUAG